AUGACUUUUAAUGAUAUACUUGAAGCUCGAGGAGCUAGAGAUCAUGCGGUGAAGGAUAACAAGGAUGUGAAGAUUAAAAAGAAUGAGCCGAAGCGCUUCAGGGUGACAUACAAGUGGCCAAGAUGUUCGUUUGUCUUCUAUGCAUCAUUUACCAAGAAGGCACAAAGAUUGCAAUUGAAAACCUUUAAGGUUCAUAAUUGCCCGAUCCAUUUCAAGAACAAGUGGAUUUCUCCCACAAUCAUUGUUGUGAAGUAUAAAAGGCGCAUGAGAACAGAUCCUCGAUGGAAACUUAGAGACAUCAAACAGACCAUUAAAGAAGAAAUGGGGGUGGAUGUAACUACUAUGUUGUGUUCUCGUGCAAAGUCCAUUGUGAUGUACAAGACUCAAGGAUGCUAUACACAAGAAUAUUCCCUCUUGUGGACCUAUGCAGAAGAGAUUAGAAGGAGGAACGAAGGAUCGACAGUUAAGAUUAUGGUUGAUCGACAUAAUCCUGGACAACAACCAUUAUUCAAGAGAAUGUACAUAUGCAUUGAUGCACUGAAAAAAGGUUUUCUAGAAGGAUGCAGGAAGAUUAUAGUAUUGGAUGGGUGCUUCCUGAAGGGCUUAUGCAAAGGUGAGAUACUUGCUGCCAUAGGUAGAGAUGCAAAUGACCAAUUGUAUCUGGUUGCAUGGUGCGUCGUAGAGGUGGAGUCUAGAGAUUCUUGGGAUUGGUUUCUUCGACAAUUGCAGGAUGAUUUAAACAUUGAAAGUGGUAUUGGCUGGAGCUUCAUAUCAGAUCAAAUGAAGGAGUUGGUUCUAGCAAUAGCUUAG